AGGGGGCUGCGGGGAAGAUGGCGAGUCUGCUCCCUACUGCAGCUUCUUCUCCCGCCAGCGCCCCAUCCCGUAGCAAGAAACGCCCGGCGAGCCCUGGCAGUGGCAGCGGCCCUGCCAAGAAAAAGAAAGCGGCAGCGCUGGGCGGCUCUCAGGGUACAGGUGGAGAGACCAUGAAUGAAAAUAAAUUUCUGAACACAGAUUCCAGCACAGGAUCAGUAGAACCAACUGGCAAGCCAUUACCAUUUAAGGAUCCAAACUUCAUUCACUCCAGCAUCGGUGGAGCAGCAGCUGGCAAGAAAAACAGAACUUGGAGGAACCUAAAACAAAUUCUUGCUUCUGAAAGGGCAUUGCCAUGGCAACUAAAUGAUCCUAGCUAUUUUAAUAUUGAUGCUCCUCCUUCCUUUAAGCCUGCCAAGAAAUAUUCAGACAUUUCAGGACUUCCAGCAAACUAUACAGAUCCUCAGAGCAAACUGAGAUUUAGUACUAUUGAAGAAUUUGCCUAUAUUCGGAUGCUCCCUUCAGAUGUGGUUACAGGAUACCUUGCUCUAAGGAAAGCAACAAGUAUUGUUUCCUAAAGGGACCAAAUGCAGUUGUAUUUCACUUGUGAACAGUACUAGUACUUGAAUCAUGA